AUGCGAGUAUCUGAGCAACACGAUUGUCCAAUCCUCAGCAAACUGUUAAAAUGUAUAACAUUUGUGCAAGACAUGAAUCAGUGCACCAAAAUAUCUGAAGUUCUUGGAGACAAACUCAAAUAUGUUGUAAGCAAGAAUCUUGGAGAGCCGAUUUUAACCGGAAGCACAGAGGAAGGACUGGCCUUAUUUGGCCUUGAAAUUAUUGACAGUAGAACGGACUAUGACCGGUUGAAUUACGCAAUUCUACACGAUUUAGACAUUAUGUAUGAAUCUCACAAAAUGAUGGCGUACGAAAUUCAUUCGAUGUUCUUAACACCAUUUGAUGAAUCUGGAGUACUGCGUGUUUUUAUUCGGCCAGGAACAAGGGCAGGUUAUGUUACUUUGCAGAAACUCCUACCGGUAUCGAUUGUGUUAGAAACGAAGGACACACUUCUACAAUUUGCAAACGUCUAUCCUAAACCAGAAGAGUAUUAUGACCAAGAGCACUUCGCACUGGUAUACAUUUCUGUACUAGCUUUCUUGAUUGCGUCGAUGAGUGRCUUUUCACCUCAAGAGUGCAGUUGUUAUUCUGCCAAUUUGGGAGGAUUAAACCCCAACAGGUAUGGAGAUUUGUGCUCUGCCUGUCAAAGUCUGACUUUGAGAGAAAUUCCACGGGGAGAAGGUAUUUCACCAACAAAAAUAUGGGCAGACCAKAUCAGGAUCARRGGACCUUCUAUCGAAGAAAACGGUAUCAUCGAAAAUACUUCUGAACAUUCAGGGGCCRCUGYUCCUAUUGAUGAAGCUGAAUAUCCAGGAAUCAACGUAAAACGAAGGCUUGCUGACGAACGUGAUACACAUGCUUCGCAAACUGUCAGACACKACUUGRGCGACAUAUUUUCAUCGCCAGAUCGAACAAAGUUUUACUUCGACCACGUUCCAGCAGUCAAGUGCUCCACAUGGCCAWGUGCAGCCUGGGAAUUUACWGUGCGCGAACGACCCAGUGGAUGGCCGCCAUGGAACGUGAUUAAAGAUAUUGUGUCAAAAGGCUGUCAUAUUGUACCGAAAAGUACAAAACCUACACCUGAGACAAGAUUGAAACUAGCUUUUCAUUGUGUUGGAAAUACAAAGGACUACAAAAAUUGGCGACUGAGCUUUUCGUUGGCCGAAAAGACUUUGGUUUCCACCUUGAAUGCGGUUCAGGUGAAAUGCUACAUGCUGUUGAAGAUUUUGAAUAUCAUUGCAACACGCGUUUUUUUCCGCGAGYUAGAAMGUAAGGGAAUUGGCUCCGACGAAUYGUCCGGCCUGAGCASUUACCUUUUAAAAACUACGUUUUUCUGGGUAUGUGAGGAAAUACCUCUAGAGGAGUGGAGUGAUGAUAACUUAGCAUCCUGCUUCUUCAAAGUCGUGGAAAAGCUCAUCRUGUUUUUAGAAAAAGCGACCAUCCCAAACUAUUUUAUCCCUAGCAGCAAUUUGAUUGURCCAAACAUAAUUAACCCGGAAAUGACAAGAGUAGAGGCUUUUGAACUAGCUUCUUGUUUCGAAAGUUUCAGAACUAUACCUUCACAGGACAUAUUCGCAAUUUUGCACACAGCUGUUUGGAAUGAACUUUGGAAAGAUUCGGAAAUAGUGCACCCAGGAUGCACUCCGCAAGAACUGGCUAUCAUUGUAAACGCGUUGAAGGAACAACAAAGAGAAACAUGGUACGAUUCUUGUUCUAAGAGCAAAGAUCAGGCCUCAAAGCAUGACGUAUCAGAAGAUUUGACAGCUUCAAGCACAGACGAAUCAGAGUAUUUUACAGCUUCAAGCUCAGAAGAUGAUGACGUCGAAUCCUUAGGGGAUUCCUCUAUGCACCGCAUCAGUGAUUCAAAUGUAACAGUUUCAUCCACAUCCAGUCUCAGCACAAGCACCGUGUCUAGAUGCGGAAAACCUAUGACUACCAAUACUGAGACCAUGGAUGGCCAGUGCUUCAAAAGAGUAGUCGCAAGUGAUGCUAUUCAAAAGAUGCCUAAAAUAGAGAAGAUUCUUGCACAKAUCUUUACAGCCAUAUCAAAAUUUUUGUAUACAAAUGGCAACAUACGUGGAAAAGGUUUCAACACUGCCCGUGCGGCAUUUUAUGAAGAUGAAGCGAGAAAGCUGCUGCCCGAAGGAUGCUYCUUAGAGGAUCUGCCCAGGGGGACAUUCAAAUGAGUGACUGCUCGCUAGCCGAUAKGAAAUAGUUUUCCCAUUAGAUCUUCCUUUUGAAGCAUCGAAGACAAUUUCAGCUUAUGGAGUUAACCUCGAUUAGGUUGUUCAAUUAUAAAAGACAAUAAACAGAACAACAAAGAUAUUUGCAGUAAACCUAAAUAUUCGGAAAAAAAUUUAAUUUUCAAUGAUUAUACCAAUGUGACUGUGCGAGCACAACACUCAUAAAUACAAAUAAUAGCAUAACGCAAUGCUUGACCGGCGGUUUCAAAAUCGGGGCGAUACGAUGCCCGACACUCAUAAUAUUUUGAACUGAAAAUAACUAACACUCUACUUUGCUUCUGGAUCGCUUGGAAAGCGCUUACACCCGAUUUCAAAUGAGUGCGAACUCUCGAAUUUNUUUUGAACGCUAAACUUUCACUCGACCGUCAUUCACUCGACCGCUUGGUAACCAGG